GCCGAAAAGGCCGAAGACCUAUGAAUCCUUUGACCGCCGCUGCCGCCAGAGGUCACGUCGUGGGGUCAUCAUCACAGGAGGCACUUCCCCCAUCUCUUUGGAAAUCACUGUUCCCCAAUAUUCCCUCCUUCGUCUGCGGAAAAAGUAACGAGUUUUGCAGACCCGCCGCCCCGGAAAGGAAGUCGUCGCCUUCGGACUCCAACGCAGCUGCCCAACGGCAUCUCCACGGCUUACUCCUAGGAGGUGGCUGAUAUUCUUCUCUCGGACAAAUUCUCAAUCCGAAGCUCUCUUCCCCUUGCUUCUUCAUUCGAAAAUAGUGCUCUGCCCUCUUUUAGUAAAAAAGAGAAAGAACAGAGCAAACAUGGUUUCUGGAUUAAUUAACGCAAACCCAGUUGUCUAUGAGAAGAGGGAGAGGCGAGUUCGCAAUGUGACCAGUGAUGCAGAUGAAUACACGGUAUAGAACCCAUAGACCAGCAGGAAAUUUUUGAUAUCCUUUGGUUCGUAUAUAUUAUAUUUUGAUGUCAAUUAUUGUAGCUUCGGCCUUUAGAUAGGCAUGAUUUUACCUUUUCUUUUUCUCAAUCAUAUUGACAAAGUACCAAACCCAAGUGCUAACUUUUAGGUUGUAUUCAGAAGAAGGAAUCUAAAUGAGGGAUUUCAAUGAAGAAAGGAAUUUCAUAUGCCUUUUUGACCCUUUAUGUCAAAAUUGUUUUGGUAGUAUUACAAAAGCUUGUUAUUCUAAAAUACUACUUAAAAGCUGUUCUUUUUGAAAUUCCUUCCUUGUUCAUUUUCACCAAUCUCUUAACAUUCUUAAAUCAUAUUAGAGAUAUAAAGGAUCCAGAACAUCCCUAUUCUUUGGAGGAGCUCAAUGUAGUAACUGAAGAUGCAAUUGAAGUGGAUGACAAGAAUAGUUAUGUUAGGAUCACUUUUACACCAACUGUUGAUCAUGGUAGUAUGGCAACAGUUAUUGGUCUUUGUUUGCAGAUGAAGUUGAUGAGGAGUCUGUCCUCUCAUUACAAGUAAUGUUGUUUAGGUGGAUAUAAGGGUUGCGCCUGGAACUCAUGCCUUCUUAGUGGCAGUUAAUAAACAACUGAAUGACAAAGAACGUGUGGCAGCAGCGUUAGAAAAUCCAAACCUGGUGGAUAUGGUUGACGAAUGCCUAGCACCAACAUACGAUUGAAUGAGGAUGCACUUCUGCACUGCAGUUGGAAACAAAUACAUGUCUCAGAAUCAGCUGGGUUGAAGCAACUUGCAAUAUCACACUUGUGUGAUAUCCUCAUGCAUUCUCCUUUUCAACAUUGUUUCAUAUAUUUUGAAUGCUGGUCUACAUUUGUUAAGUUAUUUGUAGUUCUAUGCUUUCUCCGUUCUUUUAGGUUGGAAAUCUCUGGACAUGUUGUCAUCAGAAGUACAUUUGUACAACAGAUGAUAUAAAUAAAUAGAAUUUUGAACC